UGCGCGUCGGGAAGGCAGUGGGCGGUCCGGCCUUAGGCGGCGGAGGGCAGCAUGGUGGGUGGCGAGGCGGCUGCCGCGGUUGAGGAACUGGUCUCAGGGGUGCGGCAGGCGACGGACUUCGCGGAGCAGUUUCGCUCCUACUCAGAGAGCGAGAAGCAAUGGAAGGCCCGCAUGGAAUUCAUCUUGCGCCACCUGCCCGACUACCGCGACCCGCCCGACGGCGGCGGCCGCCUGGACCAGCUGCUGUCCCUCUCUAUGGUCUGGGCCAACCACCUCUUUCUGGGCUGCAGUUACAAUAAACACCUUUUAGACAAGGUGAUGGAAAUGGCUGAUGGGAUUGAAGUGGAAGACCUGCCACAGUUUACUACCAGAAGUGAAUUAAUGAAAAAGCAUCGUAGCUAAGGCAGAAGAUUUAUCCCAUUUUCAUCACCAUCUACAGGCUUAGAAAAGAGGCUGGGAUGAACGUGAAACAGACCACAGUAGCUCUCUUAAGACUCCUGGUAUUACCAACAGAAAGAGGCAGGUGGGAUGAG